CGUCACUUCCUAUGAGUCUUCUCUUCGGUACACGUUCAAGGCGCAAAGUGGGGCGCCACGUAACCUACAUAUUACGCAAAGGCAAGAACAAACUUUGGAAGAAGAUUUUCGGACAAGACUUAGCAGCUGACCUUUGUUUCUGACGGUUUAAAACUAAUACAGGGUCUGUUUACGGGUGGGGAUAAUUGCAAGCUCUGCGAGUGGCUGGAAGUCGCUCCAGCGGAAGACUCGAAUCAGCCAAGCCUGCUGCUGCUGCGUAAAGUUUUGGACAACAGUGAGCAAAGAUGAGUCAGGACUCUGAGCCACAACAGGAUGAGGCGUACCUCCAAGGAGAACCAGGCGAUUCCAGUAAGGAUCACCCCCAGGCCCAGCCUGGCUACCUCUCCCGGGCGGCGGGCGGCCUCUUCAGCAUCACCCGGGGAGCAGUGGGGGCUACAGUGGGAGGAGUGGCCUGGGUGGGCAGCAAGAGCCUGGAUCUGACCAAGACAGCCGUCACGUCAGUGGCCGCCGUGCCAGGCAUGGGGGUGGGACUUGUCAAAGGGGGCGUGUCCGCGGUUGCCGGUGGCGUCAGCGCCGUGGGGUCGGCUGUUGCCAGCAAAGUUCCCCUGGGAGGAGGGGGCAAGAAGAAGGACAAGUCUGAUUGAAGGACGAGUGCGAUUGACAAGUCUUGAGUAGUCCGUUGUUGUUGACGGGAGCUGUUUUUUUUUCCUCUCUCUCUUUCUGGUCAAGGAAAUGGCAGGGUUUUUGCUGUUUGUACGUUUUUGUGCUUAAGUGUGCGUGUGUGGGUUGGAGUGUCAUGACCCGUGUGUGUGUGUGUGUUUGCGUGUGUGUGUGCACCUCGGCUUUUCAGCUGGGUCCAGGCCCUUGGUUCGAUUAUCCUCUGUAUUGGCCUGGAAUGAACAGUUCCUCAGAAUGUCGGGAUGUUACACUGAAUGCUGUCGUCUUUUUUUUUAAAGUCAAAGACUUCUUCACAAACCAGUGCCAACUUACUAACAUAUUUGAUGAUAUCUUUCAUAUAGAACUAGUGUUGGUUGUUGAUGGUGAAUACUAUGAUGGGCAUAAUUUUGUCAUCCCGUGUAAGAAGAGAAUGGUGCACAUAUAUCGAUAUACACAAAUACAGUAUACCUUCUUUCUCUUUCUCUCACGUACAUGCUAUGGUAUGUUCCAGGCUGUGCAGGCUAAAUGCCACCACAGCCAUCUCUCUGCAGUUGGUGUCUGCUCCAGGAGAGGUUAAGGGGAGGGAGGGGGCCUCUUAGAUCAGAGCCAGCUUUUCACUUCCUUUCUGGGGAAGACCAACCUUGGGAGGCUGCUGCCACUGGUCUGGGAGGUGAGGGGAUGGCAGCUCUCCAUCCUCCCUGAUUGAUUCCGUUCCGGAGAGUGCUGACUGGUGCUCAGCUGGCUCCCAUGGAGUGACCCUGCCUAGUGUCCUCCUCGUCUUCCUCCAUCUUGUGCCAGGCAACACCUCUCCUCUCCUCGGGGUCUCUGCAUCUCCUCUCCUCUCCUCUCGGCGUUUCUGCGUCUCCUCUUCUCAGGGGCUCUGCACCUUCGAAUAAGAAAGCACCAUGCUGGUGGUGCUGACAGACAGUGUUGUGUGUUGAACUCACGUGAAGCCUUUGGCUGACGCUCAUUUCCAAGCCGCAUCCUGCAUGAGGCAUUCUGUACCUGGGGACGGAAGACGAGAAUGCUUCUGGUCGUAUCCAUUCCUUCAGGAACUGGGAAAGACUUUUUUUCCACAACACCCGGAUUUGUACUCACUCUAUUCCAGAUGAACCACAUUCACGCACAGUAGCCAUGCUGAAUGCCACCUCCCUACUGUGUGCAGGAAAAAAAUUAGCUCAGCAUUUUUGUUUGCAUAAGGACCAGUUACACAAGGGUGAUCUCUGUGUGUGGGUUGAACUACUUUUCUUUGCAGGAAUGGUAAUCAAGUUAAGAUGUGACCUAUAAUUCUUUUCUUGUUCAAUCAAGGAUGUGACUGAAAAAAAUGUCCCCAGCCCUCGCUGAAAAGGCAUUUCUUUUGUCUGAUUUAAAAAAACAAAAAAAAACAAUUGUAGACACAUUUGAAAAGCCAAAGAACACAUCGGGAUCAUUAUUCCAUGAUGCCGCUGUUACCAGAAUUAGUGUUGUUGGUAGUUAAAAUUAAAUUUUCACAAUUUGAACACUGCCAGUAACAUGUUUGUAUUUUGUAGGAAUUCUAUAUUUGAUAGUGUGUUUUCUCAGUAUUUUAAAAUGUCAUGUAUACCCAACCUGAAAGACACAUCCUAUCACAGUGGAUAAAACACUGUUCAAUAAGUCAAUGAUGGUGUGAAUAUAAGAGAAUGCUGUUUUGAUGAUGUUUUAAAAUGGAUAUGAAUAUGAUGAUGGAUAUGAAAGCUGGUGGUGCAGAAGUGGCACACGAGUUAAAUUUGACAAUGUGAAACAUGAACACCAGCAAAAUACAUCAAAGUAAAAAAAUAAAUAAAUAAAAUGCCGUAAAAUCUAAAAUCCUGUUGUU